UUGGCGGGCUGGGUGUCACCGCGGACACCCGGCCGAGGACGCCGGCAACGGGGAGUCAGGGUACAAGUUUCUUAGACAACGCUGUUUUCCGCGAGGGACGUUAAAUACGGGGUGCCGUGUGAUGAGCUUUCAUCGCACGUCAAAGAACCCUCAGACAGAGCCACGACAAUUUGACUUGGGCUUCGGCAUGUACUCAAUGUGCCCAUUCCCGCUGAACUUCAUGCACGCCUGCGAGACGAGCGACGAAUGCAAACAGACGGGUUGCUGCGCCAUGCACGCCUUCCCGGGGUCCCGCCGAUGGCAGAGGCCGUGCUGUGUCGUGUCUCGACUGGUUGCUCUGGCCAGGCUCACCGGAGCGUGCAUCAAGGGCAACAACAAGGGACCCGAAUCUGCCUGCCCAGCAGUCAUUGAGUUGGACGAAUGCGGAGAGCCGUGCGCUACGAACGCCGACUGUCGAGAGCCGGGGCUCGCCUGCUGCCCCAUGACCUGCGACGGAGAAAGCGGUUCCUUCUGCCAUCCUGUACACGAUUCACUGUAACAGUAUA